UGAAGAACUCAUGACAUGUGUUCUGUUUCUAUUUCAGGCCAAGAACAUCCUAAUAGCCUGCGGCACAAGUACAACUUUAUAGCAGAUGUGGUGGAGAAGAUCGCUCCUGCUGUGGUUCACAUCGAGUUAUUCCGCAAACUUCCUUACUCCAAGAGGGAGAUCCCUGUUGCCAGUGGCUCGGGCUUCAUCGUCUCGGAGGAUGGGCUGAUAGUGACCAACGCACACGUGGUCACCAACAAGAACAGGGUGAAGGUGGAGCUGAAGAACGGGGAAACAUACGAAGCUAAAAUUAAAGACGUUGAUGAGAAAGCUGACAUUGCACUAAUUAAAAUAGAUGCUCAGGGUAAAUUGCCAGUCCUUCUGCUUGGUCAGUCUGGAGACUUGAGGCCAGGAGAGUUUGUGGUUGCCAUUGGAAGUCCAUUUUCGCUCCAAAACACAGUGACAACAGGGAUUGUCAGCACCACACAGCGCGGAGGGAAGGAGCUGGGGCUCCGCAACUCCGAUAUGGACUACAUUCAGACGGAUGCCAUCAUCAAUUAUGGAAACUCCGGAGGACCCUUAGUAAACCUGGAUGGUGAAGUCAUUGGAAUUAACACACUGAAAGUUACGGCUGGGAUCUCAUUUGCUAUUCCAUCUGAUAAAAUCAAGAAAUUCCUAACUGAAUCCCAUGACAGACAAGCUAAAGGAAAAGCUAUAACCAAAAAGAAAUACAUUGGCAUACGAAUGAUGUCACUAACUCCUAGCAAAGCUAGAGAGCUGAAAGAUCGCCAUAAAGACUUUCCUGACGUUGUCUCUGGGGCCUAUGUUAUUGAUGUAAUUCCAGAAACACCAGCUGAAGCUGGUGGCCUGAAGGACAAUGAUGUGAUUAUAAGCAUCAAUGGACAGUCGAUAACUUCAGCCUCUGAUGUCAGUGACAUUAUUAAAAAGGACAGUACUUUGAACAUGGUUGUUCGCAGGGGUAACGAAGAUGUUAUGUUAACAGUAAUUCCUGAAGAAAUUGAUCCCUAACCAGAAACAUGAGCUGGAUUUCAUGUUUUCUUUUAACAGCAUUGGACUGCUUAUAUUCUCUCUGUGCUGGUACAGGAAACGUUAGACUUCUGACCAACGUUCUGCUUCUUCAGCGGAUUAGUAUUGGCCAACAGAAUAACUUCUAAUAGGUUUAAGGUGCAAAGAUCCGUGUAAUUUCACAUACUCCAGACGAUAAUUUUUCCUUCUGUAUUAUAUAUGCAAUGUAUUCUUUACUGGCUAUUACAUUCCCCGCUUAACAAAUCGACAUUUGCUUCCCUGUGUUGAAUAGAUUUACCAUUAUUUCCACUAAGAUUUAAACAAAACCCACGCACGCAGUGUGUGCUGUGGUAUUCAGGUAUUUAUAGGUUAGCUGUGUUUUAACUGGAAAUGCCAUUGUAAAGGAGUAGUUGGUUUAAAGUAAAACACAACUGGGUAAAAAGUUUGGUUUAUAAACACAGAUAUCCCAACCGAAAUAACCCCUUGAGAGCAGGAUUUUAAUAUUAUGAUAUUUUCCUAGUGUUAUUAAAAGACUUCAACAGUA